AUGCUCAUGAGCGAUAGGCUCUUGCGGGUAUUCUGGCCAUAUGAUCUCCCGCGAUCCUCGUCGCCGGGAGUGAUUGUCGGAUGGCGCAACUCGGAGCUAGAUCUCUUCGUGCUCACGGUGUUGGAAGAUGUCGAGCCGCGCAAUGUUGACAACGCGCUCCGCGCCGGUAUUCUCUUUCGGAAUAGUCCACAUCCGAUUGUUCGCAUCUUUACCUUGUGCGGCCGAUCUCAGAUGCACGUCCUCGGUUCGACGAAUCCGCAGUCUCCUCCGACCUUGUUCAAUCCCUCCCAUCUAUACGUGAACUCGCAAUCUACCUCCAAGGUUCCACAAAUAUACUGCCCUCCCGGGACGAAUCUAUCGGUUCAGGUCAUUAUGUAUGAUCGUCCGCACCCGACCCGCAUGGAGUACAUGUCGUUAAAUCCCAUCUCGCUGGCAUUGGGUGACAAGGUAGCUGCGUCAGAAAAGUUCAGCCAAGUAACGGAUAAGAUUGAGUCGGGAGAGGAGAGGGAAAAAACGCGAGCUCGAGUGCUGGUUGAGAAACUCAAGUUUCAUACGGUUGUCAAGCAUGCGCCGUCACAGAAGGAACAGGCACUUCCGCUGAUCAUCAACCAAGUCAACUGCGCAUACGAAAUGGCGCAGCUGAUGCAUAAGAAUACUCAUCUCAUCGGUAUUCGUGCUAAGCGGAGUAUGAGUGUUGGAGAGCGCGUGGUGGAAUCUGCCACGACGUUGUGGGGCUUCAUCGUCCUCUGCCUAGCUCAUGUCUUUUGGCAAUGGAUCUGGCCCAUCAUCACCAGAGUCUUUGUCAUAGGGCUUGUGGGCCAUCGAUCCGUCGCCGAAAUUGUCUUGCAGAUUCUUGAAUGGCGAGCUCGACCGGACGCUGCUGCUCUCAAAGAUAUCUCUGCGACUGCCCAGCAAGUGGAUAUACGCUUGCAGCAAUUCUGUUACUGGCCUAUUCAGUACGUCAAACUUCGGCAACGAAAAGACAAUUGGGAGAGUGUAAUAACCAGUCACCCGGAUUAUAUUCGAUUCUACAACAGCUUGUGGCUCGUCGCUAAUGACGUGAUCAUUGGCAUUGCUCUUGGGUCCUAUAUCAUCGACAAUGCAAACUGGGUAGCAUCCCAAAUCAAUACCGUUUUGACAGGCUGGACUGUGGAAGGCCUGCAGCGCACCAUCUCGUGGUUGAUGGAUUGGCCAGCUGGCUUGAAGUUGAACAAUGAGCUUGCGGCCUUCCUUGGUGACUUGUUCCUGUGGGUUAUUGAAAAUUGGGCAGCAUGUAUCGCCAAUCUGCAACCGUACCUCCCACAUAUCAUUUACAUUGUGGGUUGCUCCAGUUUCGCCGGCGCCAGCAUGCCCAUUGCCUUAUUUUCCGACCUUCUGUCAAUUCUCACUGUCCACAUCUACUCCUUCUACAUUGCCUCUGCUAGAAUCUUCAACUGGCAACUUACCAUCAUCAUUUCUCUGUUCCAUCUCUUUCGUGGAAAGAAGCGCAACGUCUUGCGCAACCGGAUAGACUCAUGCGAUUACGACCUCGACCAGCUUUUGCUUGGCACCAUCUUGUUUACCGUUCUUUUCUUCCUUCUCCCGACCGUGAUUGUCUUUUACCUCACCUUCGCCUCGGCUCGAAUGUUGAUCAUCUCCAUGAAAGCUGGUUUCGAUACUUGCCUGGCCUUUUUGAAUCAUUUCCCGCUGUUCGCGUUGAUGUUGCGUGUGAAAGACUCGAGGCGACUACCCGGCGGUAUCCGAUUUGAACUCCGGGACGCAUUGACGAAAGGUCCCAACGAUGAAGACUCUCCAGCUGUUUCUUACAUCCACCUCGAGUCCAUCCCGCUCCCGCUCCGCGCCAUGUUCGACCAAUACUUCCAACUUGGUCAUCGACUACGCAAGCAUUAUCUAGCACCCCGGGUCAUAUUUUGUCUCAUGACGGGCCGCUUUGUCCCACCCAUCCACCGCCGCAACCUGUACAGCAUGCAAUACAGCAUGCUACCAGCUCGACGUGCAGGCAUGGCCGAGGUAUGGUCAAUGUUAACCCAGCCCAAGAAAGGUGGGAGCGGAAGUGGAAGCUCUGGCUCUGUGGGAGGAAUUGGGGCCUUGGGUAAUCCGGUUCCUAAAGUCCCGCCUAAUUUCGGCCAGGGUGAUGUUCGUCGACGAGGCCAUCGGUGA